AUGUUUAAGUAAAAGAUGCUGACAGAAAGAAUGCUUAUAUUGAAGAACAGGUUCCAAAAUAAUUUGAGGGUAAUUGAUUAGGUUAAAAUAGAUAACAUGCAAUUUGAGAGCCAAUAAUCCAUUUAGGAAAUGAUGAUGUUGUAUUAAAAGAAUUGCACCUAAUUAUCGGAAUUCUAAUCUCAAAUACAGGAGUUAAAAUAGAGAGUCUAAUUGAUUGAGUAAAAAUUUUAAGAAAUCGAAGCAACGAACAAGAAAAAGAAGAAGAGGAGAACUGCAGCUGAAAUUGAUAAGAAUUUUAAAUGUCCUUAUAAAAAUUGCGAGAAGGUUUACGGAUCAGAUGUUUCAUUGAAUCUACACAUUAAAUUCAAACAUAAUGGAGGUAAUAAGAGUGAACGUCAGAAAAUCAUUAAAUAAUUGCAGGCUGGAGAAAUAUCCGAAAAAGAUAUUCAAAAUAUCAAUCUACCACCUGUAUGA